CGGCAGUGGGAUUCAUCGCAACACGCAUGCGCGGCAUCGGUGAAUCCCUAAAACAAAAGGUAAACUUCGCUGAAAUUAGGACGACUUAAUGCGUCAUUAUAGCUUUAAAACAUCCGUAUCAUCUUGUAGUUUGGUGUAUUUGCGUCAGGGACGUGACUGUUUUGUAUUUACGGAGAUAUCAGCCUAAAUGUGAGAGCCUCCCAUUGGCAGUCCAGUAAAACCCGGCUGCGUUCGGAGUCUUCUUGAAGACGGAAGUGAGCGCUCCUGUUCUCCGGUGCAGCCUCUGAACGCAGCGCCUGCAUGUCAGUCCUUGAAUGUUUGUUUACGUGUGUUGUUUCUACCUAUGAGCUCGUCCCAAAGAUACUUCCUCUACCUCUGACUUUCUCCCCCUGCGGUAUGGCGGCGGCGGCAGAAGAACCGGAGGACUGCGGCCGGAGCAGCCAGGGAGCGCUAACAGGUGACGGCGAACCGGAGGAGGCCGAGGAGUUCACCUGCUCGGCCUACUGCUCCGAGCUCUCCCGGCGGCAGAACGAGCAGCGGAAGGCGGGGCAGUUCUGCGACGUGAGCCUGGUGUUCAGCUCCGGUGCUCUGCCCUCCGGGGUCCACACCUUCUCCGCUCACCGCUCGGUUCUGUCGGCCGCCUCGCAGUACUUUACAAUGCUGCUGGGCGGACAGUUCUCCGAGUCCCGGUCCGGCAGAGUGGAGCUGAAGGAGUGGAGCUCCGCCACCGGGCCGGACCCGGACACCGUGGAGCGGGUGGUCCAGUUCAUGUACACGGGAGAAGUCCGGGUAACCACCGCCAAUGUGCAUGAAGUCCUGGAACUUGCUGACAGGUUCCUUCUGGGGCAGCUGAAGACCUUCUGUGGCGAGUUCCUCAUGAAGAAGCUGAAUCUGUCCAACUGUGUCGCUGUGCACAGCCUGGCACACAUGUACACUCUGGACCAGCUGGCCCAGGGAGCCGCCACAACCAUCAGAAGAAACUUCCACAAAGUCAUCUGCAAUGAGGAAUUCUACACGCUGCCGUUUCAUCUGGUGCGAGACUGGCUGUCCGACUCAGAAAUCACCGUGGACUCUGAACAGGAACUGUUCGAUGCCAUCGUGAAAUGGGUUCACCAAAACACAGAGGAGCGAGAGAAGCAUUUCGAGGAGCUGUUCAGGCUUCUGAGGCUGCCACAGAUUGCUCCUACAUACCUGACAAGAGUGGUAAGGAAGGAGCCCUUAGUGGCGAACAAUGCAGCUUGUCUGCAGCUGGUGUGUGACGCACUCGAGGUCCACGCCGUUCGCUUCGAGAACCUCAAGUCAACAGAUUCAGAGCUCUGCGCCUCCUACAUGGCAGCGAUCCAGCCUAGAUUUGGCCAGAACAUGGAUGUAGUCAUGGUAGUGGGUGGUGUCUCAGAAGGCGGAGAUUAUCUGAGUGAGUGUGUCGGCUACUUUGUGGCUGAGGACCGUUGGGUCAACCUUCCACACAUUCACAACCACCUUGAUGGACAUGCGGUUGCUGUCACUGAGAGCCAUGUUUACGUGGCAGGGUCCAUGGAGCCUGGUUUUGCCAAGACAGUGGAGCGCUACAACCCCAACCUCAACAGCUGGGAGCAGGUCAGCAGCCUGACCAGCCGCAAGCACUCCUUUGGCCUCACAUGUGUCAAAGAUGUGCUAUAUAGCAUCGGCGGUCAUGGCAACUUCAGUCCAGGCUUCAAGGACGUCACUGUCUACGAACCGGAGCAGGACGAGUGGCUCAACCUUGAACCCGCUCCAAAGAUCCUACGAGAUGUAAAAACACUGAGUGUGGAGGAUCGCUAUGUGUACGUUAUGGCCAGGACUCCUGUGGACAUCGACAACGAGGACGGACUGAGCACCGUGACCACUCGCUAUGAUACGGAGAGUCGCAAGUGGCUUGAAGUGGACUCCCUACCCCUCAUCGAUAACUACUGCAGCUUUCAAAUGGCUGUUGCAUCCACCAACUUCUACCACACAGCUUCCUGCUGCCCCAAGAACUACAAGGUGACGGUCGAGGCCGCCCAGCAGAAAAUAAGCAGAAACAUCUCGGACGACAUCCUCGACAGCCUCCCAUCAGAGGUCCUUACCAUAGAAGGUGCUGCUGUCUGCUACCUUGGAGAAGACAUCUUCAUCGUGGGUGGAUGGAGGAACAGCAACAACCUGGACAAGCAGUACCGCAAAGAGGCCUACCGCUACUGCGCUGAGAGGAAGCGCUGGAUGCUGCUGCCGCCUUUACCUCAGCCGCGCUGCAGAGCUGCAGCCUGUCACGUCCGAGUCCCGUACCAGUAUCUGUACGGCAGCCAGCGCUACCCGAUGCCCCAGAACCUGGCUCGCCAGAGAGAUCGCAUGCAACAGAUGCAGCAGCUCCAUCGACGCACCCUCACGCUGCGACGACAGCUUCAGUCUCAGAUCGAAUGCUGAAAAUCCGCAUUGAAUAACAAGCACAUCAUCUGCUGAUUCAUGUUUUGUUCUUAUCCAAAGUUUCAGUCUUAUGUUUUGCCUUAAUUGAGAUGAAAUUAGUUUUUUUCAGUCAAAAAAAUACACUUUUAAUGUAAAAAGAGAACAGAUAGCCAAAGUGGCUACUGAAUUAGCAUUCUAGCAUAAUCAUUUUGCCUUACACUAUCAGCUUAUGCCUUACUUUUCUUCUGCUAGUAAAUCAGACUGUGACUGCUGUGAUUUUUUUUUUUCUGUGAAGAUUCUUGAUUUUAGAGCUACAUGGCUUAGCUUUUUAAAUUGUGGCCUUUGCUAACACCUAAGAGGUAAUGAUGUCAGCAUUAAUUGUGGUAUGAGCUAGAAUGCAACUAUACCAGUUACCACCCAGACCUUCUUGUGAAAUUUGGUGAGCUUAGUGUUGAGAUAUAAACCUUACAAAGUAAAUGAUGUCUGCCUUUAUUGUGAUGUAACUUAGAAGAAAAGGACCAGUGUAGUGGUGAUAAAAAUACUCCGCUGAGAAAUUAAGUAUCAGCUUUAACGUUUUGCUCCUGUCGUUACUUGCAUCUGAUUGUUUUCUACCUCCGAUUUCCACCAUGUUUUUUUGUUUUCUGUUGGCUUUUUUUUGCACUCGCGUCAUUGGAAUAUCAAAGUCUUGGUCAUAUUGUAUCUGGUGUGUGCUGAACUAGACAAUCACGUAUCUGAAUUUUUGUAGCAAGCACUAAGUAGAGAGAAAAGCACAUAUUGGGGAACAGCUUGUUUGUGAUUUUCUAUGAGGUUUUUAUAGAUUGUACAGUACUUGUUGCCAUUCCAGCGGAUGUGAUUUCUUAAAUAUUCCAGCUUGUCAAAAAUUGUUGUAUUUGACUUCCCGGGUUGCUGCAUAGCUUGAAAGAUACACUAAAUGCUGCCAUAAUAAUAAUAAUGAGAUGUCAUUUUUGCCAAAAGAAGCUUUGUUUCUUAUUUAAAUUUAAUUGUUGUGCUGUAGGGCUGGCUAGUGGAUCCAUUCCUUCAAGAUGAAAGUUUUGAGCUUUGUUGGUUUUAGUGGACAAAUUUCGUGUGUUUUUGUCCUUUGCACUUCUGGCAGAAUCUCCUCUGCAUCUUUGUCUCAGCAAAUGAAAGCACAUGUUCACAUAAAGAUAUUGCACUGUGGAAAGAUUAUACAAUGUGUGAAGCACAUUCAACUAUAAGGGUGAUGUCUUUGUGCAUGGUUCUCUCCAUGUUCCCAACUGUGCCAUAUAAUCCCAACUCUGUCUUAUUAAAACAGUUGAAUUAAAUGUAUUUCCUGCACUAAAGGAUCUGAAA